AUAAUGAUGGAUGAUGACGAUACAGAUACAAUACAGAAUAGUGUAACAACACCUCUUACACAGACACCUCCUAUAACAAAUAAUAAUACAACAUCAUUGAAUAAUGUUGCAUCACCAACAGCAUCAGAUAUCAACAACAUCAACAACAACAAUGAUGAUACACAACAGUUGUCUGAAGAAGCCAACAAUCAAAGAUUUACAAUGGAGUUGGAGUUCAUUCAAUGUCUCUCCAAUCCAAGGUAUCUAAACUACUUGGCACAGAAUAGAUACUUCCAAGACAAGGCGUUUGUAAACUAUCUAAGUUAUUUACUAUAUUGGAAACAACCAGAGUAUGCCAAGUUCAUUGUUUAUCCUCAGAGUCUAUACUUCUUGGACCUGUUGCAACAGGAACGUUUCAGACAGGAGCUCAACCAUGCUCAGUCAACAGAGUUUAUACAUCAACAACAGUUCUAUCAUUGGCAAUACUAUCGAACCAAUAGAAUGUCUGCUGCAGUACAGAACACUGAUCAAUCAGAUAAGCAACAGACGACUGAUCAGCAGCAGCAGCAGGUUGAAGUUCAACCUGAACAACAACAACUACAACAACAGGUGGAUCAAGUGAUGGCCAAC